GCGUUUAGAAGUAAAUGGACGUGUUUAUGCAACAGUUGAAGCAACUAUGGUGAGGGUGGCUGAUAGAAUAGAUUGUAUCAACAGAAAAAUAGUUUUAUUUUGUUAUGAAUGUGGUUGUAAGAUUUGCCUACAAGCACAGUGAAGAGGUGGCUCGUAUCCUUGGUGGUGUUGGAUAUUGGCAUGACCUUUGUACGUCCUUAAGCCGCUAUGUUCAGAAGAUUUGCGAAGUUCGUCUGAUUUGUGGUUUUUUAAUCCUCUGGCUAAACACAUCAGUAAUGGACUCAGCAGAUAACCCUUUUGCCUCACUUGUGAAAAAUUCAUCAGUCGGUCUGGGUCCAGCAAUAUUUGGUGCCUGUGAAACUGAGGUUACUAAAAUCUUGGAGAACAUACUGCUCAUUACCCAUGAUAAAGAUCUUGUUCUUGGUGAAUCCGGUAGACCUAGUCAUUUACUUUACAUACAACCUUUCUCGUGUGGAAAUGUUCAAAUUUCCGGGAGCAGUUUGGAUGAACUUAUAUUUGACCGCACCCAAAUGAGGAAGUUCCACGAUUAUGAUGUUGUCAGCCUUAAGACAGGUGCAGCCAUGGAUAUCAAUGACGUUUUGGCUUCUAAUCCAAUUAGUUAUUUGGUUUCUUCUUAUCGCCGCGCGUGUGCAAUUAAACAAACAAACGCUCUUUCACAGAUCGUUGAAGAUUGUCGCAAAAGUAUUGUAAGACAAAUUGUACUUCUGUUGCUUGUUGAUGCUGAGUCUGAUAAUCCGGAAAGCAGCACGAACCUAUUUGAUAUAAUUUAUCAAGCUCUCUGCACAGAUGACGGCGAUCAAAUUGUUUAUAUUCAAAAAAUGUUUGACGAAGUUCUUAAUCAUCUGGAGUCGGAAUCUCUAUCGGAUGUAAGUAUAGAAGAAUCUUGUCCUCAGUCUACAUUAAACAGUUUACGACCGUUGGUCAAUCGCCUUCUAAUUCAGUUAAGAAAUAUUUAUUAUUCCUCAGUGCAGUCACCAACAGUAGUAAAUAGCUUCCUAAAUAAACAGUUAGUGGGUGCUAGGGAACGUGUCUUGUUCUGUCCUCAACGCCGUCCUCUGUUGAUCAUGACAAUUUGGUUAUCUAAGUAUUCAGUCACUGCUCAGCUUCUUAUUGAGUUGUCGUUUCCUCAGAGUUUCUCCAGUGGUUCAUUUAGACCUGAUGAAUUCGAAGGUGGUCUUUUGGGUCGACUUCUAGUUCCCAGUCAUUUACAUUCACCUCAAGCAGCGGAAACAAUUUUCCUAACUAACCAGGCUCCAAUCGGUGAAUUUUUUAUCGAAGAAGUACCUCUAAAAUCUGUUGUAGAGUCCGAACAACGUACAAUAUGGCAGUUAACUGAACAAAUGGAUUUGGAGUUGAACACCUUGUUCACUAAUUUACUCAGGGUCGGCAAACGACGUCCAUAUAUUAAAAAGUUACUGUUCAAAUGGUUCGGUGGAUGUAUUCAUGCUAACAAAGCUCGUGGUCAGUUAGCACAUUCAAUUAUGAAUCAUGAUUUAUUAAGUCGAUCAAAUACACCAAAUCUAGCUGGUGAUGGAUUUCUUAGCAAUUUUACAGCAGUUUUAGUUCGAUUAACUGGACCAUUAGUGACGUUGCCAGAGAAACCGCCGUUGGAUAAAAUUUGGCCAGAAUAUGCUACAGAUUCAUGUGCAGAUCGAACAGUAUUACCAGAUUUAUGUGGAGAAACACGUCUUGCACCUGCAAAUAAAAUUUUUAAGAAAUCUGAAAAUGCUUCACUUGUAGUAAUGAAUAAUGAAGAUUAUCCUCUUUUAACAGAAUUAUUUUUUCUUGCGCAUGCGGCUAUACGUAUUGGAUGGACAUCGUUAAUUGCUAGACAUUUUGAAACUGGUCAACAAUUGCAUCGGUUAGAAGAUCAAUUACAACCACAUGAAUCAGAUAAUUCUAAUGAUUCUCAAGUAAUUUUUCUACGUCGUUUUAUGCGUGAACGCACUGCACGGUAUUUGGAACAAUCUACCAGUUUGUCGUGUAUGUCUCGAUUAAAAGAUCAAUUGUCAUUUGCUGUGACCACUUGUCGUUUUCUUGUUAAAUUGGCUAAGUGUAUACUAAACAAAAAUAGUAGUUAUAGUAAUGAUACUACUACUUCUACCUCUGACUCAACAUCAUUUUCUCAUGGUUGUCUUUCUGAUUUACCAGAAUAUUUGGUUGAUAAUGUCGUGGAACUUGUUAGUUAUUUAAGACGUGGCAAAGAUGAAUUUCUUGAGUCUGUUGAAGUGUCGUCAAUUCCAUUGGAACCAUUGUUAGAAUUCAGUAUAAUAUUUAUGAAUCAUACAGGAUUAUUAACUAAUCCACACUUAAGAGCUCGUCUUGCUGAAGUUCUUGAAUCAUUAGUACCACAACGUGAUGAUGAAGCUUGGAAUACAAAUACUAGUGGUUCUGGUUUAUUGAAUUCAUUACAUUUGUCUUUCCAUAGACGUGAACAACUUAUGAAUCGAGAUUCAGAAAUCACAGAUGAUCCUGUAUUGAGUAAUGCUGUCAGAGCAUUGCUUACUGCAUUUGUCUCUAUAGAAUUAUCACCUGGUACUGGAGUUGUUGGCAGUGCUGGUAGUGCAGCUGAUGCGGUGAUAGCUGCUUCUUCAUCAUCUACAUCACAAAAUUCUUCACGCCAACCUGAUUCUCACUUAAACAGUAGUGAUAGUCAAACAGAUACCGGUAAUAAUAGUAAUAGCAGUGGUGGCAAUACUGCAACGGACACUCAAACUGCUGCUGUUGGAUUUGAAGAAAAAUUUCAUUAUCGACGUCCAAUGUAUGCUUGUUUAAGAUAUUGGUACGGUAAACCAUUAUAUGAUGUACAGUUUAAGCGUUUAGAAAAUGAAGCUUUAGCGCAUAUCGAUGAUGUGAAUCCUCCAUUAUUUCUACAAUUUUUAUCACUUUUGGUGAAUGAUGCUAUCUUUUUGUUAGAUGAAGCCCUUAGUUUAUUGGCCCAACUUAAACAAACUGAACGUGAAAGAGACAAAUGUGGUGGGAGAUUAUCCUCUUCUUCAGACGAAGCAUUAUUUGCACAUACAGGUCGUUUAGCACGACAUCAUAUUAUGCUUGGAUUAGAUACCAUUGCUACAUUACGUCGAGUGAUCACUUUAUGUUCACAAUUAAUUACACAUCCAAUAUUGGUUGAUCGAGUUGCUUGUAUGCUAAAUUAUUUCUUGACAAGACUUGUAGGACCAAAACAACGUGAUUUAAAUGUACGUGAUAAAGCUGCUUAUGGUUUUAAACCAGAUUUAAUGGUACUAGAAAUUUCUGCAAUAUACCAGAUAUUAGCUCGUGGAUCUGAUUCAGCAGUUGAAACAGAUACUGAAACAAUCGCAUCAUCUUCGCUACCAUCAUCAUCGGAAUCAUUUCGUCGAGCUGUUGUUAGUGAUGAAAGAUCAUUUACACCAGAUUUGUUGGACCAAGCUUGUCGUGUAUUAGAUCGAAUCGCUGCACCAAUAGAUUUAUGUAAUAAAUUCGCUGAAGCUGUUCGUCUAAUUAAAGCUGAAAAUGUAAUAAAAACUAACGAAGAACUAGAUGUAGAUGAUGCACCGGAUGAAUUUAUUGACCCAAUUAUGGGUUGUUUAAUGGAGGAUCCUGUGAAAUUGCCCACAUCGGGUCAAAUAGUUGAUCGUAAAACUAUAUAUCGUCAUCUGUUAAAUGAUUCUACUGAUCCAUUUAGUAGAAAACCAUUAACAAUGUCCCAAGUUGAACCACAAGAAAAUUUACGUUCAGCUGUUCGUAUGUGGAUUGAUGAACGUCGAGCACAAAGGUUAUCAAAGAAUACUCAGGGUAAAGAACAACAGUCUUCUUAAUUUAUACAUAAUCUAUACAUAUUCAUAUGUUGGGACAACACAUUAUUAUUAUUAUUAUUAUUACUUCAAUCUAUAGUUUAACAAACAAAGAAAUAAAAUAAAAACACGAUUUUUUUUGUAUGCAACAUACAAUUUUGUGCGUAUAAAUGUUUAUGAUCUGGUCUCUUCAUACUUUAUUGAUAUUGUCCAAACUCAAUCUUCCACCGCUCCCCUCUUUUUUUCUUCUCUCAUUCACUUAAUUAUUUUUUCUUCAGUGAUAUCUUUGAACUAAUAACAAUACAAUAUAGUAAUAACAGUAAUAAUACUAAUUAAUAUGUGAAUUUGUAAAAGACAAUUAAAUUGUGUAUAAAAAAGUAAGAAAUAACAAAAACAAAGAUAUGAUUGUAUUGUGUAAGUUUGAAUUUUAUUUAUUUAUUUUAACACAUAGAUAUUGGUACAAGCAGGCACCAAAUAGAUAUACACCACACAAAUCUCAUUUGAUUUGUGUAAGGGCUGAGAUACUGCCUGAAUGCCCAAACCGAAACAGGUGGUUUUCUUGGGAGGUCACACCCGGAGCCUUCUACCUAAAGGUCUGAUUCACAAGGCAGUGGAGCAACGUCAGGAGAUGCUGUCCCAUGAUAGCCGGUGACCAACGAUUGGUUCAUACUCCAUUUGUUCCCUCAGGAUCCUGGAGCCCAUGUACACUAUUGGUUUGGAAUCAGCCUUUUUCAACUUCCCUAGGUGGACUCUCCGUGUGUACCAAUCCGGUUAAAGCACCGGACAUUCGCUUCUCGUCUUCUCAAUUUCGUAAACAACAGUAAUACUACGAGAAGGCAGUGAGUAGAACAUCCCUGGCAAAGGCUAUAUACGCGUGGCAAUGUGAAAGCAUUUCGGGAGAGAGAGUGGACUCUCCCCACUCUCGGCCGUACCAGGGCAUUUAGGGGCAAGUUUGAAUAUCUAUAUAUAUAUAUAUAUGCAUUAUACUAAGUUAAUAAAUUGAAAUUGAUAAUUUAAUAAAAAGCAUUUGGCAACUUUUAACUAUUGGAUUAUAUGUUUGGCGCUUAAAAUGAAAUACACAGAUUUUUAUUUAGUAAUUAAAUUAAAUUGGUAUUAUUUAUACUUCCUAUGAAAUAGUUCAAUAUAUUUAAUAUACAAAAAUUUAAAACUAAGUUUCUUUGGAUAGUGAUUAUUAUCAUAAUCUAUUUUUGGUAGGUAACAUUAAAUAAUUUCUUGUAUAUCUAUAUUUGUCAUUAGCAUUCAAUCACAUACAUUCAACUCCAAGAAUGAGCAAAAUCACGUUGAUGACAAACAUUGGAAGCUUACUUAAUCAAAGUAAAUGCCUUAACAGUGAUUAUUGUGUAGAAUGAACAAAGAAAACUCUCUUUCUUAACCUUAAAUAAUUCAACAAUAUAUUGAUUAUCUUUGAUAGAUUUAAAACUCAAUCACUAAUCGAUCUGAACUUUUGAACGGAAAAUUAUUUCCUUAGCAUACAACCAUUUUUUUAAAAAUUUUAAUAAUUUGUUGUAUAUACACAUGUAUUUGAAUAGUAACCAAUUCGUUGACAAUUUCGACUACUUAAUAUUAAACUGAUACUAAUUCGCUUCAUCAUUUAACUGUCCUCCAUUCAUUAUCAAUCACGAUACAUAAUAAUCAUUCUCAUUAAUUACAUCCAUACGUUAGUUUAGUAUAUUUAUGCCUGAUAAGUGAUAAAACAAUUUAUUCUGCUGCAGUAGUGUGUGAUAAAUUCACCCAAUAUAAAUUUUAUUUAUUUAAACACAUAAACAUUGAUACAAAGAGGCACCAAUUAUAUAUGCUCCACACUUCGUCAUUCGAUUUGUGUAAGCGCUGGAAUACUGCCCGCGCGCCCAAACCGAAGCAGAUGGUUUUCUUAAGGGACCACGCCCGGAGCCUUUGACCUAAAGGUUUAAUCCACAAGGCAGUGGAGCAACUUUAGCAAAUGUGGCCCCAUGGUAGCUAGUGACCAAUAAUAGGUUCAUACUCCAUUUUCUCCUUCAGUAUCCUGAAGCCCAUGUACACCAUUAGUUUGGAAUCAAGGUUUUCUUAUUACCUAGAUGGAUCCUCCAUAUACACCAACCCGGUUAAAACGCCGGACAUUUGCAUUUCGUAAACACCCCCACUUCAAGAAGUCAGUGAGUAGGACUUCCAUGGCAGUGGCUGUAUACGCAUUACCGUGUAAGAUGAUUUCGUGAGGGAGAACGAACUCUCUCCACCCUCAUUCGUAUGUAGGCAUUCGGGGGCACCCAAUAUAAACAUGAAUAAUGACUCUAUACAAACAUUUUGUCAUCUAGUUCUUGAAUCAUUUGACCGUGUAAUAUAAAUUAGUUAUCUAUUAAUCGAUCAGUAUUUUAUGAUGCACUUAUAGAGGCACAGGAUAUGUUUCUUAUCAUUGAAAGUCAUACUUUGUCUCUAAAGUUCUGUAGGAAAAUCACGCGGUAUAACUUCCAGGUGCAAAAGUUUUAUGAACUUUACGCAUAAAGAAAUCAAAUGUCUGUGAAAUUAAAAAUAAAAUAUACUGUUGUUGAAUGUUAGCCAAUAUAUAACUUUUAUGUUUUAAUACGUUUAUUCCAGCUGGUUGUAUAUUGACUAGAAGCUGUGGUAGUUCAUUACGAUCAGUUUUAAAAGAUAUGAUCCACAACCUUUUAUAAAUACUUAUUCAGUUUCAACAUAAAAUAGUUGACUUUAUAGUGAGAAAGUAGAUGUACUUACAUUCUAUCAACAGCUUCUACAACCAGUGUAUUCUAGAAGAAAUGUUAAUAAUCUUAUUAACUUAGAAGGUUUUCUAGUCAAUGAUGCGUAAACAUUAGACAUUGCUUUUAUCGAGGCAUUCAAUACCAUUAGUUCUUAUAGUGACAUUCCUUCCCCGUUUCUUUGAACACUUCAAAAUGCAUAUAAAAGGCAGGUAUGAAUUUGUUCUCAAAAUUGGUAUAAAUGAAGUUCAUAGUGUUAAAUGUUGCUGCUUCGAAAAUAAGUAAUCAUAGAGAAUAAAACCUUCGAAACUGUACAAUCGCAAAUAUAUAUACUUAAUAUUUUAGGAUGAUAAUAAUUACAAUAAUAAUGAUAAUAAACUUGUGUCAGACAUGGUGAAAGUGAGAUAGUAUAAACAAAGGUAUUAAAAAAAUUUUAAAUAGGAAAACUAAUAAUCUAAUAGUUGAACUCAUGAGUCAAUUGAAGCUAAACCACCAUGGAAAACCUGGAAGGCCGUUUCGUCCUAGUAUGGGACUCCUCAGCAGUGCGCAUCUACGAUUCGAACCCAGGACAUAUCGGUUCCACGCGUGAACGCUUAACCUCUAGCCCACUGCUUAUCAUACUAGGACGGCUGUUCAGGUUUUCCAUGGUGGUCUAGUUUCAAUUGACUCAUGAAUGCAACUAUUAAAUUACUAAAAUCUCCACAAAACCCUCUCUGAUAAUAAAGUAAUAGUCGUUUGAUUGUUAAUGGCUUAAUUAUUCAGUCGAAAAGAAAACAUUAUACAUGAAUUUCGCUUUUAAGGGUGACAUAGCCACAUAUAUCUUAAAGAGGAGAAUAUCUGAUUCUCUAAAAAGAACGUUCUUCGCAGCGUUAUUUGCCAGCCAAUCAUUGUUCAUGAAUAAUUUUAAGGAUAAAUUAUCUCAUCUGAUCAACUCAAUGUGCAUUUACCAAUUUACCUGCUCAUGUGGAGCGAGGUAUACAGGUCGUUCGAUGCGUACUUUAUCCAAAAGAAUUCAAGAACAUUACCCGGCGUGCUUAAAAAGAGGAGGAAACAGUUCAAUAAGAAGUUCAAUAAUCUAACAUAUUCAUAUUCUUCUUUCUUUAGAGCCAUUUGCUUCCCCUUUCAUCUUCUUAAUCCUUCUACCAUCAUCUGGCUUACUUCUGCUUCUAUGAUCCUCCUGACUACAUUUAAUCUUUCCCUGUUUUAAAAUUUUUUAACAAUACCUUUGUUUAUUCCAUCUCACUGUCACCAUGUCUAACACAAGUUUAUUAUCAUUAUUAUUGUAAUUACUAUCACAUGUAUACGAUUGUACAGCUUUGAAAAUGAAUUCGCUGAAAAGAGAACUCUUCACUGGAUCAAUCUUUCUUAAUUAAUGUCUUAAUGGGUAUAUUUCGUUUAUUCAAUAAAAUUUUCGUUUAAUGUUUUACACAACUUACACAUUCCAUAUACAGGAUUGCUUACUGGAUCAGAUCACACCACAAUUAAUCCUACUAUGAUUAUAUUUGAAACUUUGUUUUCCAUUUAAAAAGUCAAAACAAAUUCACCUUUUCCCUAAGUUUCAUUUAAAGAGCUAAUACGAAUCUUGGAACUUUCA